AUGGCCCCUAUGCUAUUUGAUGAUGAUGACUUGGUGCACACACUCUCCGAUGCUGACGUUUCCGACGAGGAGAGCGACGAGCCGGAGAAGCAGCCCUCCGGCAAGAAACGAAAGCGGGACGAUGGCGAGGAUAUUGAUACCGACUUCGAGUUUGCGGACGGCACAGAAGCGUUGGCAGAUUUCGAUGGUUGGGCAGAAGGAGAUGUAGUAGAUGACGAUUUCGAACGGCUCAUGAGUGGCCGAAAGCGAAGGCGUCUAUCAUCUCAACUGGAUAUUCCAUUCGACGAAGAUUCCGUAGGCGCCACGGUACCUUCUCCGACUGAAGAUAACGAAGCGGACGGUGACGACGUGGCGGAUGAGUCAGGAUCUGACGAAGACCCGUUACCGCAUGAUCAGCAAGGCCUGGGGCAAGACGAUGAGAAUGAAGAAGAGGAGGCCGAUGAAGUAGAUCCUGGAGGAAGCGCAGAGUCCGAGGCCGGGUCGCCGGGUGCUGUCGGCGAUGAUACAGACGCCAUGGAGCGAGAGAAAGAAGCUGCGUUCUUCGCUCCAGAAACCACCUCGAAGCCAGAGAAUGAGACGUCUUUCGGCGCUAUGUCCCUUUCACGCCCCAUCAUGAAAGGUCUGGCCAGCGUAGGUUUCAGUGCAGCAACGCCCAUCCAGCGCAAGGCUAUACCAGUUGCUCUUGAAGGCAAAGAUAUUGUCGGAGGCGCAGUGACCGGAUCCGGCAAAACCGCAGCAUUUAUGAUUCCCAUCCUGGAGCGCUUGCUUUACAGACCCAAGCGGGUCGCCACCACACGAGUUGCAAUCCUCAUGCCGACGAGAGAGCUCGCUUUACAGUGUCUGGCUGUCGCGAAGAAGUUGGCAGCAUUCACGGAUAUUACUUUCGGCCGCGCCAUCGGUGGCCUGAAUCUCAGAGAGCAGGAGAAAGAGCUCAAACUACGACCAGACAUUGUCAUCGCCACGCCGGGUCGGUUCAUCGACUUCAUGCGCAAUUACAACGCCUUUCAGACCGAUAAGAUUGAAAUCCUCGUCCUUGACGAGGCAGAUCGUAUGCUUGAGGAAGGCUUCUCCGAUGAGCUUAACGAGAUUCUGAAGACGAUACCUAAGAGUCGUCAGACCAUGCUCUUUUCCGCGACGAUGACUUCACGUGUCGACGACCUAAUCCGCGUCGGCAUGCAGCGACCCGUACGAAUCAUGGUCGAUGCGCAGAAAGCCAGCGCAUCUGGCCUGGUUCAGGAGUUCAUCCGACUGCGACCCGGCAGAGAGGAGAAGCGGCUCGGUUAUCUGAUGCACCUUUGCACGCAGGUGCACAGAGACCGCGUGAUCAUCUUCUUCCGGCAGAAGAAGGAGGCUCACCGCGUGCGUGUGAUCUUUGCACUCUGCGACUUGAAGGCUGCGGAGCUGCAUGGUUCAAUGAGCCAAGAGCAGCGCAUCAACGCAAUUGAGAGAUUCCGCUCCGGACGAGCAUCGUUUCUAUUAGCCACGGAUCUCGCGUCUCGUGGUCUGGACAUUAAGGGUAUCGAGACCGUGAUCAACUAUGAAGCACCCCAGACCCACGAGAUAUACCUCCAUCGCGUGGGCAGAACUGCUCGGGCGGGACGGAAAGGUAUCGCUUGCACUCUUGCUGCAGAGCCGGAUAGGAAGAUCGUCAAGGCUGCGGUCAAAGCUGCCAAAGCUCACGGUGCGCAGGUCCGCCAACGGACUGUUGACAAGGAGGAUGCUGAUGCGUGGCAAAAGCGCUGCGACGAUCUCCAUGACGAGAUCGAAGAUGUGCUGCGUGAGGAAAAGGAAGAGCGGGUGAUGCAGCAGACGGAGCGUGACAUCACAAGGGCGGAGAACGUGGUGAAGUAUGAGGAUGAGAUCAAAGCUCGGCCGAAGAAGACGUGGUUCGAGAGUGAGAAGGAGAAAGUGGCGGCUAAGAAGCGAGGUGCUGAGGUGCUGAACGGGCCUUUGGAUGCGGCGGACGAAGGCAGGAAGGAGAAGAAGAAGGGAGGCAAGCUGAGUAAUAAGAAGAGAAAGCGGCUGGAGAUGCGAGAUGAGAGGAAAGCUGGUAGGACGUGGAAGAAGCCCAGCAAGGGUUCCGCGAACAGCCGUAAGUGA